UGGCUGGACUUGGAGGGAGAAAAGGCUACGACAAAUUCAUCUUUGUACCUUCCUAUUGGACUUCACAUCCGGGAUCUCCUCAGGGCGUGACCUGCGUACUGCCUGCGGUUCUCGAACCGGGUACCCAGGCCUCGCUGUACCCAUCGUGCUCCGCGCACAACAGUAGCCCCUCAUCCGGGUUCUCUCCCGGCGUUCUUCGCGUCUGGUUUGCUGUGGGGUACUUGGCGGUGCCGCCAUGACUAUUCUCCCCAAAAAAAAGCCGCCACCUCCCGACGCCGACCCGGCCAACGAACCGCCGCCGCCCGGGCCACUGCCCCCUGCGCCUCGGCGCGGUGGGGGUGUGGGCGUGGGCGGCGGCGGCACGGGCGUGGGUGGAGGAGAGCGCGAUCGUGACUCCGGAGUAGUGGGGACCCGUCCCCGGGCUUCACCACCACCUCAGGGCCCGCUACCGGGGCCGCCUGGUGCUCUUCAUCGUUGGGCACUAGCAGUGCCUCCUGGCGCAGUGGCGGGCCCUCGGCCACAGCAGGCUUCUCCACCUCCUUGUGGGGGCCCGGGUGGCCCCGGCGGCGGUCCUGGUGACGCUCUUGGUGCGGCAACUGCGGGGGUGGGCGCGGCAGGGGUGGUGGUGGGCGUGGGUGGUGCCGUGGGCGUGGGUGGCUGCUGCUCGGGGCCGGGGCACAGCAAGCGGCGGCGUCAAGCUCCCGGCGUUGGCGCAGUUGGCGGGGGCAGUCCGGAGCGCGAAGAGGUCGGAGCAGGCUACAACAGUGAAGAUGAAUAUGAAGCUGCUGCUGCACGAAUCGAGGCCAUGGAUCCUGCCACUGUAGAACAGGAACACUGGUUUGAAAAGGCCUUACGGGACAAGAAAGGCUUCAUCAUCAAGCAGAUGAAGGAGGAUGGUGCCUGUCUAUUCCGGGCUGUAGAACUCUCAUGGAGGGAAUCAGAGCUUCUGGCAAGUCUUCAGAGAAGUAGACUGGCAGGCCUGGCUGCUGACCAGGUGUAUGGAGACCAGGACAUGCAUGAGGUUGUGCGAAAGCAUUGCAUGGACUAUCUGAUGAAGAAUGCUGACUACUUCUCCAACUAUGUAACAGAAGACUUCACCACCUAUAUCAAUCGGAAGCGGAAAAACAAUUGCCAUGGCAACCAUAUUGAGAUGCAGGCAAUGGCAGAGAUGUACAACCGUCCUGUGGAGGUGUAUCAGUAUAGCACAGAACCUAUCAACACAUUCCAUGGGAUACACCAAAAUGAAGAUGAACCCAUCCGUGUCAGCUAUCACAGGAAUAUCCACUAUAAUUCAGUGGUGAAUCCUAACAAGGCUACUAUUGGUGUGGGGCUGGGCCUACCAUCAUUUAAACCAGGGUUUGCAGAGCAGUCCCUGAUGAAGAAUGCCAUAAAGACAUCAGAGGAAUCAUGGAUUGAACAGCAAAUGUUGGAAGACAAGAAACGAGCCACAGACUGGGAGGCCACAAAUGAGGCCAUAGAGGAGCAGGUGGCUCGAGAAUCCUACCUACAGUGGCUGAGGGAUCAGGAGAAACAGGCCCGCCAGGUCCGGGGACCCAGUCAGCCUCGGAAAGCCAGUGCCACAUGCAGUUCAGCCACAGCAGCAGCCUCCAGUGGCCUGGAGGAGUGGACUAGUCGGUCCCCACGGCAACGAAGUUCAGCCUCGUCACCUGAGCACCCUGAACUGCAUGCCGAGCUAGGCAUUAAGCCCCCUUCCCCAGGCACUGUGUUAGCCCUUGCCAAACCUCCUUCACCCUGUGCACCAGGUACAAGCAGUCAGUUCUCGGCAGGGGCUGACCGGUCCACCUCUCCUCUUGUGUCCCUCUACCCUGCUCUGGAGUGCCGGGCCCUCAUCCAGCAGAUGUCCCCCUCUGCCUUUGCAGGUCUGAAUGAUUGGGAUGAUGAUGAAAUCCUAGCAUCGGUGCUGGCAGUGUCCCAACAGGAAUACCUAGACAGUAUGAAGAAAAACAAAGUGCUCAGAGAUCCACCCCCAGACAAGAGUUGAUGGAGACCCAGGGACUGGACACCAUCCCCCGACCCCUAACUCCUGCCCUUUGAUGCCACCCAACCUCCUUUGGCUUUCUACCCUCUUGGCUUCCUUCCUUUGUUUCCUUUUUUCCUUCUUUUCCACUUCCCUCUGGCUGGCCCACCCAUGCUGUCCAUCCAUCUCAUCCCUGAUACCACCAUUGGUCUCCACCAGCUGAUGUGCCCUAUUGACCCCUGCACAGCACCAUCUCAGCAUUCCAUGGGGGACUCUGGAAAGGGUGCCGAAGGUAGGAGAAAGGCACACAAGACAGAUCAUCUGACAGCCAGGCAGCCCCAGAAGAGAGACACUCAGACAAAGGAAGUCUUCUGCUUACUCCUUCUUACAGAUACAUUAACUCAUCACCCCUCCCCUACAAUGAUGACAGGAAAGGUGGAAAUGGGAAAUUUUCCUUCUUAGUACCCUAAGAAUCUGAGCCUUCAAUGUUAACCUUUUCUUUAUUAAAACGUACUUUUAUCAAGUCAAAAAAUCAAAAUCACCAUACAUGGCAACAUUGGCUCUGAGGAUGGCAUCUCUGGUUUGGAGACAGGCAGGCUGGCCAUGUGGUAUGAAGGACAAGCAAAGAGAUGGAAUACUGCUGUUCUCUGGCCUCCAGCUCCUUGGAGAGGCCGAGGAUAUGAGCCAGAGGGAGGUGGCAGGGGUUGCAGGUGACAGCCUGGCUUUGGACAAUGAGACCCUGACCUUGCUGCAUUCCUUUUGCUUCCACCACCACUGGUCUGUUUGAAAUCUUGAGGUGGCUCUGUCUUUGGAGAUAAUGGCCGAUACCCAAGAUUUGAGUUUAGGGAGUGGGAGCAGCCUCGGAAGAUGGGGCACCCGUGCCCUGCAGGUGUUGACAAGAUCCACCAUCUGUAAUGUCCUUGGCACAAUAAAACCAAAUGUCAGUUUCCCUGA